UCGACACAAAAAAGAUUCAGCGCGAAACCGGCCAGCCGUUCAUCAAAGAAACUCGUCUUAAAAAUAACCACACAAUUCAUCUGGAAAGCUUCAAUAAUAGGUCAGUGAAAUGUUUUGUAAACACUUUUACUUCUUGGAUUAAUUCAAGUAAGCGUAGCAAUUCCUUUCUCUUACAUCCCCCGCUAGUUAAGGUUCGCCGGCCGGCAUUGAAUUGAUAUAGUUGAAGCCGUUUUAAACUUUCUUUCAGUUCACAAAUCACUAAGAAAAUGCUGUUGUUCCUUCGUGUAAUUCAUCAGUAAGGUAUCAGAGAUUUUAAAAAUUUAUCUCGGAUAACGCGUUACGUAAGAAUAAAGCUUAUCGAAGAAUGGUUUCCAAAUUAACAAACCUGCUUUCUUGUGAUAAAAGUCCUGAAUUUUUCAACCAAAUGCAGAAUUUUACCUGGCAAUAAAGCUAUCAGAUUACUGAGUGAUUUCGGAACGAAAUAUCGUCGAGCAUUUGGAAAAGAGACUGUUUACAACUAAGUCGACCGUUCUUCGAUAAGCCGGCUCGCUCUUUCAGCGAAGUUACUACCCAAAUUUGACGAGAAAAUGAAAUCUUUUAAGUUUACAAAUAACUUGCUUCAUUGGAGAAUCGACUGCUUUGGUUUAGAAGCCACCAUGAGCGCUAAAAGAGGAGUGAAAGGCCUGAAAAUUGCACUAGUUCAACCUCCAUUCAAUCAUUCAACUUCGCUAGUUGGCGACGAAAAGCAAGAGAAACAAUCUCCGGAUUGAUCAUUGCUUAUGUACUUUUUAUCACGUGACAAUCCGUGACGCGCGGUCGUACGAUUAUGACAUUACAAAGGUCAAUCGCAUGACGUGGACGUACGUGUUAACCGUGUGUAUACCUAUGCGCCAAUCCCAGGAGACCAAGCGUCUUUGAAAAUCACGGCGUUUGAUGGCUUGAUUUUUUUAUAUGUCCAAAAGCUGUUCAAAAUCAUGAUAGGAAAAGAGAAGAUAAAAAAUCCUUUUCAUGAUGUGUAAAUUAAGAUGCACAACAUUAUGUUGAGUGUUAAAAAACUGGAAGAUACUGUGCAAUGCAAAUGGUCGAUUGAUUACAAAGGUUUUUUGAAAUGUGCAUUGAAAAGGAACGAACAAAGGUUUUUUGAAAUGUGCAUGGAAAAGGAACGAAAAUGCAGAGGGUGCUCAGAGAGAGGCUGCUCGAGGGAAGCCCCUCUGGAUUUUCGUACCUUUUCAACGCACAUUGUAAAAAAACUUUGCAAAAAUUAUUAUGUUGACUGUUUUUAUUUACACGGCAUGUAAAAGUUGUAAAGGUGGAUAGGGAAAGCAGGGAAAACAAACUAACUGGUUUCCCGAGGGACCUUUCACUUCUGCAGGGACAAAGAAUAACGAGCGAAUCAAAACAAUGGCGGUAAUUUUAAGAUCACAAAUUUUUAACUUAAAAUUUUCAAAAACGCCGAAUGAAAACUGAUCUACAGAACAAUCCCUUGGGCCAGGAGUCCAUUUGAUGCGCUCCUGCUUGGGCUGAAUUCUGGAUUCCAAAGCCUAGGAUUUCAUAUUCUACAAGCAAACAUUUUCCGGAUUUCAGAUUCCAGAUUUUUACAUUGAGCGAGCGAGAUGUUAGCCUGUGUACAGCUGCCCCCUCCCCUUAGAAAAAAAACGGAGAUUUUCUGAGGGGAGGGGGUGGCUGUAGCAGGAAAUUUCCCAGACUUCCCGUUACACUCCACUAUCUGAAUGCGUGGAACGAACAACUGCGCGCAAGCUUCUUAUGUUUGACGGAAUAAAUAAAUAUAAUGGUAAUUGAACUGAGUGGAGUGCAAUUUGGUAUGAAAUCGGAUGCGCGUGAUUUGAAAACCAGUUCGAUUUGAAGUCACAAGCAUGAUUUUGGACUAAAAUUGCAUGACACGAAAUUCAGAAUUCAGUGAGUAACAAUAUUUUAUCGAUCAAGUAGCCGGUUUGUUGAAAAGCGAAAACAAAAGGGCUUUUACUUCUCAUUUUCCAUUCGACAUAGAGCAAGAACGGUGCGAUAUAAAACAGAAAUGAUGCGAUUUUGAACCUGAAUGACGAGAUUUCAGUAGAACAGAUGUGAUUUAGAGCAAAAAAUAGCGUGCUUCGUGAAUAAAUCACACUUCUGAUUGCCAAUCAGAUUGCAGGCAUCACCAGUGAUUUCAAAAUGUAUAUAAUAAAAAGAUUAUUUUCUCUUCACUUCACAGAGCAUCAUGAUGAAUCCAUUACCAGUCCCCUUUGCUAGAAGAGCUCUCAAGCGCGUGGAUGAGUCUGGACCUGGUGAACACGAGUUUACAGUAGUGACGUAUAACAUUCUUGCAGACCACUGGCUGCAGAGGAAAGUGAAAGAAGGCACAGCCUACAAUUACUGUCCUAACGAAUACAAGAUUAGCAAGCAGUGCAUGAAUGCUCCUCGUCAUACGCUUUUCAUGGAAGAGGUAGGCAAAAUUUAUCUGUAGACUUCGAUGUGGUUAAUUGCCCGGAUGGGAGAUAUGUCCAGAAAUUUCGCCAUUUUCGCCAAAAUUGCCACUCUCCAAGAGGCCACUUUUGGCGUCCAGUUUAAAUCGCCAGCCCUCUGGCGAUUUUUCGCCAUUUCCGCCAUUGCACGCAUUUUUGGCCAUAAGUGCCGGGUGGGUCGACUCCCAAAGGAAAGAGAGGCCGAAAAAUGUCAUAAAUUGUUAGCUAAAUAGGUUGUUCGUUUGUUGAUGAAACUGUUACAUACUGUAGUCCUUCCAUAUCUGUUUUGUAUCAUUCAAGCAUGCAUUGAGCGCUAACAAGGCCAAAAGCAGGAAUGCAUCGUACAAUGUACCAACCUCGUUCCCAGGGUCCUCUCCUACUUGCUCCGGGGACGGGCAGAUAAGGACCCUGGGAAUGGGAUUCAAGGUGCCAAAUUGGGUGGUUUGGUAUGAAAUGACUGUGCUGACUAACUAAUAGCCUAUAUUCUCCCCUAGAGUUUAAUGAGAGCUUUGAAUGUAGGCACAAAACUUAGAUUAAUACUCAGUGGAUACUUAGUUCUUGUUGUAUGUAGGAUCGCUUUUUUGUUGAGAUUCAUAAUAACGUGAUAAUUGCAAGGCUGGCACUACCGGAUUCAGGUCUGAAUAAGACCAGUUUACUAGUCGAAAUUUUUGGAGUGAUUUAAAGUGGCCUUUUUGUCUUAGUUCCCGCUUUACACUGACAAAUACUUUAUUUAAAAAGGUUUUAUAUAUCAUCGGUUCCCAGCGGUCGACUGAUCGCUAUAAGUAAAGCCAUGGGUUCGCACACGCCGUGGCAUCCUGCUAAACCUGGUUUAUUCUUUAGUUGCGGUGGCUUAACGGCGACAUCAUGUGCCUUCAAGAAGUCGACACACCCUACUUUGAGAGGAUCCUGGCAGAUGAAAUGUCCCUGAUGGGAUACCAGGGGAUGUUUGCGCCAAAGUGCAAGCCGGGUCAGCCUGAAGGUUUGGCCAUAUUUUACAAGCGGGACAAGUUCGUGCUGGAAGAAACAAAAACCGUGCAUCUAAACGAGCAGGUCCCGCCCUCACUUAAGCAAAGCGAUGCCGAAAUAGGGCUUCUUGCAGCCUUGAAGCACACAAUAAGCGAUAAUCUGCUAGUGAUUGGUGAGAAUACUUAUAGCUGGGUUGAACUGCGUUUCAUUACGUUCACGCUAGAGAACUGGAAUGAUUCCCCGAAUACGAGUUUGCGGUUCGCUUUUGUAAAACUCUCCGGAAUGACCGAAUGAAAAUGACAGGAAAACAUUUAAAAACAUCUGAAAGUUUACUGUUUAAGACCGGUAAAACCGUGGUCUCAGUUUGACUUCGUUUUAGUAACCGACUGAUGACCUGGAGUGUCCGCCUCUUCUGUGCUUUCACUGUAGUCGUUGCAUGACAUUCCUAGCGUAAACGUAGUCAUGACAGGUCUGGAGCCUUAUCUGUGUGUACAUGCCUCUUGUUUUCAAAACACCGCUGACCAUUGUUUCCAUUGGCAUGUAAAGGGCUCGGUAAGUGUCCGGUGAUCGACCAAAGGAUUAAAGUUUUCUCAGCGCGCAAAUGGGUUAUCCUUACCUCGUUUUUCAACACGGAAUAUUAAACAUCAUUGUAUUUAAGUCUGGAAGUACUGGAAUUGUCCGUAAAAUUCGACUCGGGUUUCCAUGGUAAAUCUUAUCACGCUAUGUUUUCACUUAAACAGUUUAGAUUGCGAUGAGUCUUUUUCUUCAGAUUUAAUGAGGGAAGUGCACGCGUGAGCGAGGGUAGCAGUCACGCGCGUGGUCAUUUGCGUGUCUCGCGCGUUUUGCUCUAGACGGACCAAGAAAAAGAGACUGAUCGUAGUCUAUAAAUAUUUAGGUAUACGAUUUCCUUUUUCCCGGUAGGAACGACGCACAUAAUCUGGGGAGAUUUGCAACAAACCGUCACUCAAGCUUGUCAAAUAACAUUCGUUACCAAUGCCCUGGCGGAGAUGGUUACGUCAUACGAGUCACGUGGUGAACGCGUGUCUCACAUUCUGUGUGGAGACUUCAAUAUUGAGCCUCAGUUCCCAUCGUAUCAGCUUAUCAAAGAGGGUGGACUCAGUGAAAAGGAAAUGCGUGCACUGAAAGGUGUGGACUACAUCAGAUGGGCUCCUAGCCCUACACCGCCUACACAGGUAUUGUAUUUAGUAUUUGUUUCUUGUUUAGCGUACCAGAGCCCGAAAAGGGGACAUUAAAAACCAUAGGAUGUUUUAUUAGUCAUGGCGUUCCUCGCUCUGCGCUUUUUCGAGUGUCCUGUGCUGAGAAGUCCCCCCACAGGAGAAGACUAUGCGCAGAGCUACAUAGCAGCUCUUGUAAGAUCUCAGUGAAGUGAUUAGCUCCAUUCUCUUGAAAAGAACAGACAACAGAGACAGAAGCAUCUACCGGUGAUAAGAUUGAUUGGCAGUCAUCACUCUCUUUACAAGGGGCACUUUUGGGACCGGCAAUAAAUGUCCGUCUUAGAGAAACUUCUGUCUUCUGGAGACUCAAAAAGGGCCUCACCAGAUCAGUCUACCCGUAUAACCGUAUAAGACAAUUUCACUGUUAAUCAGGACUAUUCAGCCAGAUAAAAAACAACAACAACAAAAAUGCGCUGGUUACGCGUGUAUGUAUGUUUGCGUAAAGCUUUUUUAAGUGCUAGUCCCAAGGUAGUUGACUGUACUAACUUUUUCACUCUUAAAAGUUGCAUCACACUGAACGGGAAUUGUAAACGCAUUUACAAACUCGAAUGGACUCGUGUGGGAAUAGUGUUUUGUUAGUCUUAUUGCUCAACCCUUUCUAUACCGGUCAAUAAAAGCUCACAAUUCGUUUGCAUUAAUUCUAAGCGCUAGGGAAUUUUUUGCUAUUACAAAUUUUUUACUGAUUUCUCUCUCUCUCUUUUUUCGCAGCUGCUUCCCGAUCAAAUGUCACUUUUAAACAAAACUAACCCGCAUCUUCAUCAUACUCUCAAAAACGUGCAAAGUACCUACAAGACAGUUCUGGUAAGGAUUCUGUAGCUUACUUACAGUCGCAUUAGUGUUGCUUUCAUGCGGUGCUUCUGUUUCGGCGACUGUUGUCUAAGAGGGUUUGGCCCUCAUAUAAAAAUAACGAGGAUCCUUAUACGAAAAUUAGAAAUAAGCUCCUAAAAGAGACGCAUCUCAGUCUGGUGGUCUGCAAGCAAUCUCUACAUCUGAUUUCGAGCGUCGAUAUCCUGUUCCAGGCGUUUAGAUUGUUGGGACGGUGCACAGAGAUGUGAGCAGAAAAAAACAGGGAGGGGCUGAGGUACGGGUGACCCUCCCCCUCUCUUCCUCCUUAUUUUUUCCGUUCUCUGAUUUGGUACCGCAAUCCACCACAUGACCGCCUGGAACAGGCUUGAGCUCAAAGCGAAACCAGUCGCGAAUGUACGAAGAGGGCACCUAACAGUUCUUCCUUAGCUUAGAGGGCGGACAGCCCAACUGGUAUUCUGGGAGUCAUUGGUUCGAGUCUGUGUCGUACUCAAGCGCACCGUGGAAGAUUUUUUGAGGCGCGCAAGGCACCUUAAUUGGUUCACCCUUCCCAUGACCCUUCGCAUUAGCCUGUAACCGUCCCAUUUUCCCUUGCGCCGUUUGGCGCCUGGUCAAAUUUCUUCGAAGAGUGAGUUGAUUUUCUUUGCCCUACCACUAUCAUUUAUUACUUACUAAUUUGUUCUUGUUUAUCAGGGUGCCGAGCCACCGCUGACAAAUCAUGAAGGACCAGGCUGCGUUUGGACUUUGGACUAUAUCUGGUUUGAUUCCGCCAAUCUUAAAGCCACAGCUGCCCUAGAGACGGUACACAGGGAAGCUAUAGAACCAUACGAGGGCAUGCCAAACCAGUUCUUUCCGUCCGAUCACCUGUCACUUAAAGGACAUUUUAAAUUUGCCGUGCCAUUGCAGACGCAUUUACAAAGCUGAUUUCAUGUACGUACGAUUUGACAUAUAAUGACUAGGAAAGUAUUAAUUAUGACAACACUUUUAUAAAAUAAAAGGACAAAAUUUCCUUCGAACCAGUGAUCCGGUGAAGUUAUUGACAGCUUGAUUUUCGGGUUUUUACUAUAUAUUGUCGUGUUAUAAAUGAUGAAACAAAUAAUGUUUUUAUUUAAACAGGGAAGGUUGUAAAAAUGUUCGCACCUAGAGUUCUCUUGUUCAGACCUC